ACACUCAUAGAGACACACAGCAGUCACACUGUAUCUCAGUGACAGGGGCAGGUUGGUUCCUGCUUGGGGAGGGCAGUUAGUGAAUAAUUACCCAGGCUGUCUUUCUGCCUCCCUCCCCGACUCGCUGACACUCCCUUAUUCCCUUUGUACAAAUCAUUCUAUUCAGUCACAUUCCUGCUGCUUCCAUUGCCACGGGGGGCAAAUCAUUUCCAUCCAGAUGUUUCUCCUGAAGCCCCAAGAGAAGACGUGAAGGAGACAUGGAUCACAGCCACCAAACUAACAUCUCUUCGUCUCAACCAAACUACAACCCAAAUGUCCAACUCCCUGCAUGUCCCUACCCCAACGCCCCUUUCCAUCAAGGUUAUUCACCUGGGGCCCCAUCCCCAAAUAUGGACUCCUAUCCGGGCCCCCCCAAUCCUCUUGGCUUUGACUCAUUUCUGACUCCCAAUAACAACGUUGCCCCUUCCAUAGUCCCCUUCCAGUUCCAGUCAGCCAAUUGGCUUGAGGAGCAUCUGCAGAGCUUUCCAGCUCACCCGUCGCCUGAGUUCCAAGGACCAUCUGGGUCUGAUGCAGAACCGCCGGUGCCUGGAAUUCCAGGGAUUGGGUUUGAGCAUUUCUGGGGGCUGGAGUCCGAUGAACCCACCGCUCAUUACCACUCAAUCCAUUUCCAGUUGAAUGGAGAACCACCAAGAUUUGAUGCAGGAGAAGACUUUACCCAAACCUCUAGGAGACACACUAUCCACAUAGCACCGGACUCGAACACCUUUAUCUUCCAAACUCAAACAACAAACGCCAGUGAAGUCACCUUGAGGUCAAGGUCAUUAUAUGGACACUCGGGUCAUCAGUCUGUCGAUCUGGCAGAAACGCCCACUGCGUCCCACUAUCCCUGGGAAUCUGGGCCGCCUUAUUGGGCGUUGGAGAAACAGGACUGGCGGAUUCGGCUUUUGGACCCAUCAGGGAACAGGGACAGGGACUUUACAGCAUUUAGUGACUCAGUAAAAAGCAUCAGGAGCGAAUAUUCUGCCUCCGACUCCGAGUCCAAUUCGGGGAGAGUUUGGGCCGUGGCCGUCAGGUUCCCCUUGGGGGUCGGUGCCGAGUCGGACCUGAGAGUAACUGUGUGUGGGGGCUGCCUGCCCCACCCCCUCAUCUGCUCCGAGAGAGAUUCCGUUCGUGUCCAGGAUUUUAUCUCAAAAUUGUUUCGCCCCAACUUUCCUGCACCUCAGCACCCCAACUCUCCUGCCCCUCAGCACCCCAACUCUCCUGCACCUCAGCACCCCAACUCUCCUGCCCCUCAGCACCCCAACUCUCCUGCACCUCAGCACCCCAACUAUUUUACACCUCAGCACCCCAACUCUCCUGCACCUCAGCACCCCAACUCUCCUGCACCUCAGGCACCCCAACUAUUUUACACCUCAGCACCCCCAACUCUCCUGCACCUCAGCACCCCAACUAUUUUACACCUCAGCACCCCAAACUCUCCUGCACCUCAGCACCCCAACUCUCCUGCACCUCAGCACCCCAACUCUCCUGCACCUCAGCACCCCAACUAUUUUACACCUCAGCACCCCAACUCUCCUGCACCUCAGCACCCCAACUCUCCUGCACCUCAGCACCCCAACUCUCCUGCACCUCAGCACCCCAACUCUCCUGCACCUCAGCACCCCAACUCUCCUGCACCUCAGCACCCCUACUAUCCUGAACCCCAGCACCCCAACUCUCCUGCACCUCAGCACCCCUACUAUCCUGAACCCCAGCACCCCAACUCUCCUGCACCUCAGCACCCCAACUAUCUUGCACCUCAGCACCCCUACUAUCCUGAACCCCAGCACCCCAACUCUCCUGCACCUCAGCACCCCAACUAUCUUGCACCUCAGCACCCCAACUCUCCUGCACCUCAGCACCCCAACUAUCUUGCACCUCAGCACCCCAACUCUCCUGCACCUCAGCACCCUAAUUAUCCUUUGCCACAGCACCCCAACUAUCCUGAACCCCAGCACCCCAGUUUUACAUUACCUCAGCACCCCAACUAUUCUGUGCCACAGAACCCCAAUUAUCCGGUGCUACAGCAAACCAGCUCCCCCGUGCCCCAGCACCCCAACUAUCUUGCACCUCAGCACCCCAAUUUGCCACCUGAAUACCCUCCUGUGCAAAAUAUCUACCCCUCCCUUCAGCCCCAGGCCUCCCUAUCCCAACAACACCCCCCUGGUCAGCGUAUUUACCCCUCCUUACCCCACCAGCAUUCAGUGUUACAGCAGGAAUAUACCCCAGCACAGGAUAAAUACCCCUCCCAGCAACAAUACCCCCCAGCUCAGCCCACCUACCCCUCUGCACCCCAGCCCACCCCCUCACAGCAGCUUUACCCAUUGGAACCUUAUUCAGCCAGUCCCCCCCAAUACCCCCAGUCUCCGGGCCCAUCGCCUCCCCCCGGGGGGUAUUUACUGAGUAUCUGCGGAUAUGAUGAGUUCUUACAAAAUGACUUCACCUUCCGCUGCCACUUGAACCUCCAGAGACUGGAGUCAGUCCGACUGCGGCUCCACCUGAAUCCGGAGCCCCCCCUGGCACGCACGAAUGAAGAUGAUGAAAGUGAGCAGCGAAUGGAUCUCCUGGAUCACGCUCAGUAUUGGGCGCAGAUGAAGAACAGACUUACCCUCGCCCUGUCCCACUAUGGGGAUCAAACCCAGGCUUUCCUGAGCCACAAGGUACCGGUGACCCACGUCUUGCAAUCGGUGAAGGAAAUUUGUUAUUUACUCCGAGGAGUCGAAACCAAGGAGCUCAAUGUGGCCCUGACCGCUUUGCGCCACACACAGUAUCUCGGGGCAAAUCCAGGAGGCGCCCCCCAAGUUUCCCUGCAGAGCGCGGUGCUGGGGGUAUCGGGGGCCCUCGCCCGUCUCAUCAACAUCUACAGCAGCAGCUUUAAUGCGGAUUUUCUGGUGGAAUUACCCAGAAGCCCCCACUGCAGCACUGAGAGCCCUGAGUCCCAUCUCUCCCUCCAUCUGUAUUCGGCUCACAACCUGCCCGACAACUGGGUGAAUAGAAUCGGCUCCUUUUCCCUGAGUUGCUCGGUUAUUUACGCCGGAAGGAGACUUUGCGCCGAGAUGGGGUCCCGGGGGGCUCCGGCAACACAGUCGCUUUUCUCGCUGGUGACGUGGGACGAGGUAAUCACAUUUCCCAUUCCCGUCUGGGUUCUGCCCUAUGAGUCCAUGUUGGUUCUGAGACUCAGUGGGAUCAACAAUGGAUCCAAUACAACAGCCAAUCUGGCCUGGUCCUGCCUCCCCCUCUACUCUCACGGGAGGUUGGUCGGGGGGCCGAUGCUGCUGAACAUGAUUUCUCACGCUGAGCCCCCCCCAGUUAUUACCCCGGGGGCAUUUGAUAAGGCGUUACCGACGCUUGUAACCGUGCAGGUUGAAUUACCAGAAAGGAACCAGACGUUCAGCCCCCCGGCGCCUGAGCAAGUUCCCCCCAAUGUUCCAUUAGAAGAUCCUUCGGGUUCCCUGGAAAUAUUGGUGCAUCGGAAUUCCGUGCUCCUUCUCUCAGAAGCCGACAAGCAAUAUCUAUGGAACUAUCGCUCCUGCUGUAAGAAGCCCAGGAACAUUCUGCCCCUGGUGUUGGGAAGUGCCCCUGGCUGGGAUCCCCCCUCUAUAUCAGCCAUGUACCGAGUUCUGGGGGACUGGACCUUCUCUCACCCCACGGAGGGUCUGGCUCUAUUAAAUUCAAGCUUCUCUGACCAAAGAAUCCGUGAAACCGCUUGUCGAGAAAUCGGGAAACUGCCCAAUGAUGAGCUGUUGGACUUUCUGCCCCAACUCGUCCAAGCUGUGAAGUUUGAAUGGACCCUGGACAGCCCUCUGGUCAAACUCUUACUCCAUCGCUCAAUGCAGAGCAUCCAGGUUGCACACAGACUCUUCUGGCUUCUCACAGUGGCUCAGACGGAGCCUCAUUACGGCGCUUUGUACAGGAAGGUUCUGGCCGCGCUGCAGUUCGGCGCCGGGAAAGCUCUGAAUGGCGAAUUCCACAAACAGAAACGGCUGAUCGGCCUCCUGGGGGGCAUCGCUGGGAGAGUGAAGAAAUCCCCCGACGCCAAGCGCCAGGAGACCCUUCAAUCAAAUCUGCACCAAUUAGAACAGUUCUUUCAAGAAGUGCAGGUCUGUCGCCUCCCGCAGGACCCGGCCAUUAUAGUCAGAGGGAUCGACCCCGGGGCUUGUUCGUUCUUUAAGUCCAACGCUUCUCCUCUGAAAAUCUCCUUCCUCAGCGCCGACCCCCUUGGGCAGAAGAUCAAUGUGAUUUUCAAGCUCGGGGACGACCUCCGUCAGGACAUGUUGGUUCUGCAGAUUGUUGGGCUCAUCGACAGAAUUUGGCUCCAUGAAGGUUUGGACCUGAGAAUGAUCACAUACAGGUGCCUCGCUACUGGGCAGAACCAAGGGCUGGUUCAGAUGGUCCCCGAUGCCACGACUCUCGCCAAAAUCCACGAGCAUUCUGGGAUACUGGGGCCCCUAAAGGAUAAAUCGAUAAAGAAAUGGUUCAAGGGGCACCACCCCACCCAGCACGACUACGAGAAGGCCAAAGAGAAUUUCCUGUUCUCCUGCGCCGGUUGGUGCGUUGUUACCUUUAUACUGGGGGUGUGUGACCGGCACAACGAUAACAUUAUGGUGACAAACUCGGGUCACAUGUUCCACAUCGACUUCGGCAAGUUCCUGGGUCACGCGCAGAAAUUCGGUAACAUAAAGAGGGACCGAGCCCCAUUUAUUUUCACCUCCGAGAUGGAAUAUUUCAUCACCGACGGGGGGCGGAGCCUGGACAGAGCGAGAGACUUCGUGGAGCUUUGCUGUCGGGCCUAUAACAUUGUGCGUCGGCGCAGCCACUUACUGCUCCCCCUGCUGGAACUGAUGUUACAGGGGGGGCUCCCUGAGCUUUGUGGGGUGCAGGAUCUGCGGUACCUCCAUAAUAACCUCCGACCCCAGGACUCUGACCCCGAGGCCACCAGCUAUUUCACUAGGAAAUUUGGGGAGAGCCUUCAGUGUUUCCCAGUGAAACUGAACAAUCUCAUUCACACAUUCGCUAACAUGUCGCUCUCAGACGUGGCCAAGUCUGUGUCUCACAUCGACCUCACGGGUCCCACAGGGGGCGCUCCCAGAAAUCUCAUUAAACGCGCAGCAAUGGCUAGUAUCCGCAAGAUUAAUAAGCAGAGUGAGAAAGUGCUGACCUACCUGGGUGCUGAGGGCAGGACUGGGGCAGUUUCUCCCAUGGGGGACACGGAGACAAGACCCGCGGUUCAACUACACGUUUCCUACAAGAACCAGAAUCUGUCAGUGCUCAUUAAGCAUCUCCGGAACAUUCAUCUCCCAGAUGGCUCCGCCCCCAGCGCCGAUAUUGAGGUUUCUCUGUUACCGGAUCCGCAACAAACGUCGCUGAUAAGGAUCAAAUCCAAAGGGAAAUCUGCCUCCCCAAUCCACAAUGAAUUAGUGAGAUAUUUCGUGGCAGAUCCCGCCGGGCGCCUGUUGCGGGUGGCAGUGAGACACAGGGGGCAGUUCGUGGCUGCAGUGAAUGUGCCGCUGGAUCACGUGCCGUACGAUAGUGACGUUUGGUUCCCGCUGGGGCUCAGUAUGGGAUAGACUCACCAAUUGGCUACUGAGAUGGACAGAACCAAGAAUGAGCCACUGGGGAAAGGCCUUUUCCUAUGGGGGGUCCAUCUGCCCCCAAAUUCAGCCAAUUGUAAAUAUUCUGGGAAACUGUAUCAGUUGCAAAGUAAAUACAAUGUAUCACUGGA